UAAGAGAAAACAGGUGAAGAAAGGGAGAGAGCUUUCUAGCAGAUGACCUGGGAUGUUUGGGAGCUCUGAAUCAAUCAACAGAGGACCAACCCAUUAAGGCAACUGUGAGUCAUUCAGCGUGGCUUGUGCAGGCUGAGGAACAGCUGGUGCCAAGGCAGAGGCAGAAGCAGAAUCCCAUGGUAGCCAGGUGGGUGAAGGGGAGCGAGGACGUCCCACCUGCCUUGAAGAAGACGCCUUCUGACCUGCUGAGGGAGUGACCAGGUGGUUUCAACAGCCUGACAAUGGACGCCAUUCACAUCAGCAUGUCCAGUGGUCCCGGGGUGAAGCACACUGCAGGAGCUGAACCCAAGACCAACAGACCCCGAGUCAUGUCCAAGAGUGGGCACAGCAACGUGAGAAUUGACAAAGUGGAUGGCAUAUUCUUGCUCUACCUUCAAGACUUGUGGACGACCGUCAUUGACAUGAAGUGGAGAUACAAGCUCACCCUGUUUGCAGCCACAUUUGUGAUGACCUGGUUCCUUUUUGGAGUGAUCUACUACGCCAUUGCAUUUAUUCAUGGGGAUUUAGAACCAAGGGAGGAUGUUUCGAAUCACACUCCCUGCAUCAUGAAAGUGGACUCUCUCACUGGAGCAUUUCUCUUUUCCCUGGAAUCCCAGACAACCAUUGGCUAUGGAGUCCGUUCCAUCACGGAGGAAUGCCCUCAUGCCAUUUUCCUCUUGGUUGCUCAGUUGGUCAUCACAACCUUGAUUGAGAUCUUCAUCACGGGCACCUUUCUGGCCAAGAUUGCCAGACCCAAAAAGCGGGCAGAGACCAUCAAGUUCAGCCACUGCGCGGUCAUCACCAAGCAGAACGGGAAGUUGUGCUUGGUGAUUCAGGUGGCCAACAUGAGGAAGAGCCUCCUGAUUCAGUGCCAGCUCUCUGGUAAACUCCUCCAGACCCACGUCACUAAAGAGGGGGAGCAGAUUCUGCUCAACCAAGCCACCGUCAAAUUCCACGUGGACUCCUCUUCGGAGAGCCCCUUCCUCAUUUUGCCCAUGACAUUCUACCACGUACUGGAUGAGACGAGCCCCCUGAGAGAUCUCACACCCCAAAACCUGAAGGAGAAGGAGUUUGAACUCGUGGUCCUCCUCAAUGCCACCGUGGAAUCCACCAGUGCAGUCUGCCAGAGCCGCACAUCUUAUAUUCCAGAGGAGAUCUACUGGGGCUUUGAGUUUGUGCCUGUGGUUUCGCUCUCAAAAAAUGGAAAAUAUGUGGCUGAUUUCAGUCAGUUUGAACAGAUCCGAAAGAGCCCAGAUUGCACCUUUUACUGUGCAGAUUCUGAGAAGCAGAAACUUGAGGAGAAGUACAGGCAAGAGGAUCAGAGGGAAAGGGAACUGAGAACUCUUUUGUUACAACAGAGCAACAUCUGAUGGCAGUGGUCACCCCGGGUUUAACUCUGUGAGCUGUUUCCACAUCUGAGCUCCCUUCAAGUGCAAAGGUCGCUGUGAAAAUGAAAACGUGUGGAUUCAUUCUAAAAAACUAUACAGACAUACAAAAUCCAUUUUUUCCCUUUGAUCUGGCGCCUAAGCAAACAUUUCCACAUUUGAGAAGGUUCCUCUUUAAAAUGCUUUGUCUGAAGCAAACUCUUAAAAUUCCUAUUUUCUAAAAUGGGGCUGUAUUUCCAAAACCGUGGUGUAGGACAAUUGAAAUAAUGUUGUGCCAGGUGGACAGACAUUUAGCAAUGCUGGUGUUGAAAGGAAAUGUAUUUCGAUACAGGAUAUCAGCUAUAACGUAAGGUGUUUAUUCAAAACAAGUAUCAAAGAUGUUGUGGCCGAGAGUUGAAAUGUGGUUCAGUAUUCCUUUAUGCCAUUGCUUUACAACACCCUCUCUUCGAGCAGAGAAAAUGUUAUCUUUAUUGGAAGCUAUCUGGCAAGUCAAGGGGACUCUGUACUCACAAAAAUAAUAAUCCCAUUCUUACUUGUUUUCAUCAGAUUUAAUUGUACAGAGUGAAAUUGAACAAAUCAGGAGUUAACAGUUGUGAAAACAUACACGAAUAGAGUUGACUCUUUUGUUCACAGUAAUUUUUUUUUGGUUGGAAUGUACUAGCCAUUUUUUAUUCACAAUGUAGCUCACAAACCAGCAGCAUCAGCACCAUCUGGGAGCUUAUUAGCAAUAUAGACUCUCAGGCCCCACCCAGACUUAGAGAAACCAGAGUCUGUAACUUCACAAGACCUCCAAGUCAUUUCAGACAAAUGAAAGUCCGAAAAAUGUCCACUCAAGAAAGUGUUCAAGGGAACUUUCUGAAGCCACAGCACCCUCAGGGUCCCAAACCCACAUGGCCUCCAGACCUAUCCUUCUUUCUUCAGCUUAUUAUUAUGGGCCAAUAUUCUUGUCAGCCACUGCAUUCCUUGUCUAUUAAAAUACCUUGUUUGCCAAGGAACUGCCACUGAUAUCCCAAGAUUGAAAACAGUUGCUUGAGGGUAAUGGUUGUCUCACUCAUGCUAAGCACAUGCUGGUUGACUAUCGUUAGCACAAAAGAAAAAUGACGCCGCAUUAAAAUCGGAAAUUUGCUCAGAUGUUGAAGUCCACAAGGUUGGAUGGGGCCAUGAGGAACAAGAAGACCUGAGGAUAAUGAAUUCAUAUACAGAUGACUCCUUGAAGCAUGGCCGAAAUUUGAUAAUCUGAUGCUAUGUAAAGAAUGCCCUCAGUAUUUAAAUAAAUCUCACGCAACCGAGUGGUAUGGGGUAACAUUUUGCUCUUGGCAGAACUUAGGGGCCAGGAGCCCCAUUUUGGGAAGCAAAGAAUAUACAUGGGCGGGGAUUGGCUGAAUGUGCAAAAGGUGAAUUCUCAUUUCAUUCAAACCAGGACAGACUUGUGUAUUCACUCAAGAAGAAUGGGACUGUAGGUGGGUAGGCACUGCAUGGGCGUACACGUGAACCCACAUACGUGUACACACAGCCAUUUCUAUACAGGAUUCUAUACAUUUCUAUACAGGAAUCCACAUACACACACACAGGCAGGCACAUCCUGGCUUUUCGAGCAUAAUUGUGGAAGUUGAAAGACGUUUGCAAUUAAGACAGCAAGUCAUCAACAAAUGCGCUCACAUUUGUUUUAUUCUAUAAAAAUGGGGACAUUGGGGCUCAGAGAAAAAGGGGAAAUUAAUCUGGAUUCGGGUUAUCAGUGAAAUGAUGCUACGGAUUACAGAAAAUGUAGUCAUAUCUUUAUGCUACCACAUUUUCAAAUGUCCUUCCAUAGAAGAGAAGAUGUAGCUGAAACUUCUGACCUGGAGCCAAACACCUAACACAGAUGUAAGAAUAACAGGGGUAAAGUUAGUUCUAGAAGUUUAAGGGGCAAUUUCAAUGCACAAGAGGCUUUUUCUUUUAUUAUUCAAGCAUUUUUUCUCUCUGUUGAUAAUUUAAUGGCAGAUUGUUUUAAUUUCUUAAAGAAAUUACGUUAGUUUAGUUAGACACGAGCUCUUUUAGUUAUUAUAUGUGGUUUUUUAUUGUCUAUUGUGCUAUAAUCAACAGGAAAAUAAUGCCAUGGGCAUGUUUACAGGUUUUCUGUUGCACUAUUAAAUUCUUUACACAGGAUUUACAUCAGUGCUAAUUUGAAUGUGAUCAAGAUUAGGAAUCUUGCAUGCUUACAUUGUAUUUGGUACACUGAUGUAGUGUGAGAUGGAGAAAUCUUCUGUUUAUUCAUUUAGCAUUUCUAUUGCAGCCAAAUCUGGAGGACUUGAUCAUUUGAUCUUUUGCACUAUACACAAAACAAAUAUGCCGUAUCUUAAAAGCCAAUACUUGUACAAGUCAAUAAGCCAUACUGUAAUAUAAUAUUCUGUAAAUAGUUCUAAACUUGCAUCUGGUUUGAAAGUUAGCAUUUCCUUACUUACUAUGACUUUGUACACAAUACUCUGGUGUUAACAUACUAACAAAAGAGGUUAGGUGGUAGACUUAUUUGAUUAAAUCUGGAUAGUCUUUUGAUGGAAACAGAUUCACGCUCAACACCUAACUAAGAAGUAAUCAAACUAAUGGAAUGUUGUUGACUCAAAAAGCCUUUUGCAUUUUGAAACAUUUCCAAUGCAUCAGGCCUUCUCAGUGAGACCAUUCAAAAAUGUCAUGUUCCGUUUUAAAAACCACAAAGCAAAUAGCAGUAAAUCAGUGUAAUCGCAAGCUGUGUCUUAUUGCAGUAAGAAAAUAUAUUGUACGUGCAUGGUACCUGGUAGUCAAUGGUCCCAGACAGCAUAGCCAAGAUUCACUCAUUGAUCCUCCCUAGGAGCCAACUCUGGAGUCGGGGUGGAGUCGCACAUUGGUUCCUUUCUCAUGAGGGGGGAUAUUACAGCACCUGACGAGACUCCAGAAAUGUAAAAUAACUGGCUAAAAGUGAAAAAAUGCCAUGAACAAGUGGACCAGGUUUUGAGGUGACUUUAAAUAACAGUUCAUUUUUCUUUGAAUUGAAUUUUCUAUUUUAAUUGAUGGUGAUUUUGAUACAAUUAAAUGUAAAUUAAAAUCUAUAAAUAAGUGACACUUCUACUCCUGUAUGAUUCUUUCCCUCUUCCUUGGAUCCUCAGCACUCAUAUCAUCUGGAGAAAGAAGGAAAGGUAGACAAAAAGCAAAGAAGG